CUCAGCAAGCAACACACAUCGAAGUACAACACACACAUUAGCAGCUACUCAUAUAGCGCUUAGCUUAAUUAGCAUGGCGCAGAAAGCCUUUGCCCUCGUGCUGCUGGCGGCGGCGACGCUGGCCAUGGCGGCCAGCACGGCGGCGGCGCAGAGCUCGCCGCAGGACUUCCUCGACGCCCACAACGCCGCCCGGCGCGGCGAGGGCGCCGGCCUCCCCGACGUGGCGUGGAGCACGACGCUGCAGGCGUUCGCGGAGAGCUACGUGGCGCAGCUCGCCGCCGCCACCACCUGCAGCCUCGCGCACUCCAACAGCGAGGACCUGGGCUACGGCGAGAACCUGUACGGCCCGGCCGCCGCCGGCAGCAGCGCGGCGACGGCGGCGGCCGCGGUCAGCAAAUGGAUGGAGGAGAAGGCGGACUACGUGUACAGCAGCAACACGUGCACGAGGGGGGCGCUGCUGGAGUGCGGCCACUACACGCAGGUGGUGUGGCGGAGCACGACGUCGAUCGGCUGCGCGAGCGCCGCCUGCAGCAACGGCGGCGGCGUCAUCAUCAGCUGCAACUAUUCCCCGCCCGGCAACUGGCCCGAUCAGCGCCCUUACUAGCAGACUAUAUAUAUAUUUUCUAGUAACUAUAUAUAAUUAAGUGAGUACUUAAUUUAGUCAGAUAUAUAUCUAUGUAGCCGGAUUGUGUGUGUGCGCGCGCCUAUAUAUGUCUACAUAUAUGCAUGUACGCAUCAUCAGAUAUGUAUAUGGAAUAAACGACGUCGCUGUAAAAUAUAUAUUGUAAAUUAUUCGUACUUACUAUGAUAAAUAAAGGAUUUUGUUACUA